AUGAUUAUAUUAAUAAUAUUUUUAUUAUUUGCAAUAUAUAUUCUAUUUUAUAAUAAAGAACAUCAAUUAUGUGAUCCUGCCAAACAUUUACCAUGGUUUUGUCCUUGGCCAGAUUCUCAAACAACAGUUUGUGCUUGGGAUGACCAUUUUCCAACAAUAAAAGAACGAAUUCGUUCUCCUGAAUCGUAUGAAGAAUUAUUUUCAACACUCCCGAAAAUUCAAAUUCCAUUUGAAUAUAACAAUCAAACAUUAAUAAAAUGUACUGAAUCAUCAAUAGAUAUAUUAAUAUUUGUAAUAUCAAAAUGUUCUCAUGCAUCAAUACGUCAAUCAAUACGUCGAACAUGGGGAAAUAUAAAAUUAUUAAAAGAAUAUUUUCCACAAAUUAAAUUAAAAUUAUUAUUUUUAGUUGAUAUUGAUUCAAAAUCUGAAAAAAAAAUUGAACUUGAAUAUAAAUAUCAUAAAGAUUUAGUACAAAUAAAUAAUCUUCCUGAACAAUAUGAAUAUGUAACAGAACGUGAAGCAGCAUUAUAUCAAUUUAUAAUAGAACGAUGUAAACAAAUAAAAUUUUUAUUUAAAACAGAUGAUGAUAUAUUUAUAAAUACAUUUUUAUUAUUAUCAUCAAUAAAGAAUUUUGAAUAUAUUAAUAAUAAAACAAUUUAUUCAUUAUUUGGUUUUCCAAUAGAAUAUGGUUUAGUUGUUCGUCGUGGUAUUGAUCUUAUUGGUCAAAGAUAUGUUAUUACACAAGAUGAAUAUUCAUGUCCAAGAUAUCCAACUUUUUUAUCUGGUUUUGGUUAUUUAAUGUCAUUUAAAACAUGUUCUUUAUUAUUUAAUGCAUAUCAAACUGAUUUAAAACCAUUUCCAUUAUCUGAUGUUUAUUUUACUGGUUUAUUACCACAAAUGAUUAAUAUUCAACGACAAACUAUUUUUCAAAAUGUUGAUUUUCGUUAUCAAACAAAAUGUAGUGAAGAAUUUUUUACACCAAAAAAUAAUCCACUUGCUUGUGCAGCUUCAAGUGAUCAUUUUAAUGGAAAAGAAGCAGAUAGACAUAAAAAUUUUAUGAAUGAUUAUAAUUUAUAUUGGACGAAAUUAAGAAAACAAUACGAUUUAUUAAAAAUAAAAGAUCGAAAUUAA